AUGGACAGGGAGAAAUGUAUUGCACUUGGCCGACAGCUAGGGUUGGAGAACGAGGAGCUCAGAGAGUGGGUUGAGCGAGAGUGCGUUGAAGCUCGAGAUGAGCGUGCUAGGGAGCGCGAGAUCGCGAAAGAAAACGCUGAGAGGCAGCAGAAGCUGUUAGAGCAGCAGCGGAAGGUGCAGGAACAAGAGCUGAAGAUCCUCGAACUGAAGCUUCGACUUCAGGAGAGCGCAAGCAGGGUACAGCCAAUGGUGGCUGACGAACAAGGAGGAUCCAAUAUGAGCGCCAGAGGAAUAACAGAUGUCUGCAGCCCUCAUGAACUAAUUCCGCCCUUCAGUGAGGCUCGGGACGACCUCGACGCGUACCUGCAGCGAUUUGAACGGGAAGAAGCGCUAACAGUCAUAGGCCGGUUAGAUCCAACAGCUGUGUUGAAUUAUGAUCAGCUGAAAGCGGCGCUUCUUCAGAGGUUCCGCUAUACUGCGGAAGGCUACCGCGAAAAAUUUCCUAAAGCGAAGCGCGAAGAAAACGAGACUGGUCUGCAGUAUGCUGCAAGACUUUCCGGCUACUGUGACCGUUGGCUUGAAGUGGGAAAAACGGAGACAAGCUUUGCUAGCCUGCGAGAUCUGAUGAUAAGUGAGCAAUUCUUGAAGGGUUGUUCUCCGGCACUCAGGAUCUUUCUCAAGGAGAGAAGUUGCAAAACCCUGAGUUCGCUUUACGAGACUGCCGAUAACUUCAUGGAAGCACAGGCGCUCACAAACUUAGGAAGAGAACGGAUUCCCAAGGAUCCGGGACCUUCGGUGUCCAAGCCGGAGUCCGCGAAGAAGACGGAGAAGCCUGCAAGUCGCUGUUUCCUUUGUGACAAGGCAGGCCAUCGCGCAGCCGACUGCUGGUCCCGCACGAAAGGGAAUACUUUCAGCCGAUGCGGAGUAUGCAAACAAAGUGGACACAGCAGUGACAGAUGCCCUGGUAGAAAAUUUCGCAAAGACCAGGCAUCAUGCAUGCUAUCGGAAAAACGCGAAGACUUGACACCUGAACACCAUAAGAGUGGCUACAUUGUUCUCCAAGACGGCGGAACAAUACCCAUCGUCAAUGCCACAUCAUGUCGACGAUGCGCGAACGUUGGAGUCGCUGACAUGCCUGUUGUGGAGGGGCUCCUAGAGGACAGACCAGUGCACGUGCUUCGAGACACCGGCUGCAACACGGUCGUCGUGCGGCAAUCCUUGGUUCCGAAGGAGAAGUUCACGGGAACGACGAGCCCAGUGUACUUACUGGACCGUACUGUGCGAUACCUCCCAGAGGCAAAAGUCCUUUUGCAAUGUACAUUGUUUACUGGGGAAGUACUCGUUUAG